CGCUCGGAGGCAAAUUGCCGGGUAAGAUGGCGGCGUCCAUUUGGGGACGCUUUUGAGACUUAAGAACAAAAGCGAUCGGCAAUCCAGAUAUAUAGAUCAGUAGUAUGAAAAGACGCCUUAAUUUUUAACAGACAGUACCUUGGUGGUUUUGUGAAAAAGACCGGGAUGACCGUUCUCAGGUCCAAACUUCUCUUUAGUGUGUAUGUAUACAAAUCACCAUGGCUACUUCAGUGAGCACGAAUCCAUCUACGUUGUUGCCUUUAGAACUAGUUGACAAGUGCAUUGGUUCUCGAAUACAUAUUAUUAUGAAAAAUGACAAGGAGAUUGUAGGAACUCUGCAAGGCUUCGAUGAUUUUGUCAACAUGUUGUUGGAGGAUGUGACAGAAAGCGAGGCAACCCCCGAAGGUCGUAGAGUCACAAAACUGGAUCAAAUUCUUCUCAAUGGGAGCAACAUUACUAUGUUGGUACCUGGUGGCGAAAUGCCAGAUACAUAAAACUAAUUUUCAACACGUCAUACCAAGUGUAUCAUUCUCAGGGUUUAUCCCAUAAAGACACAAAUGGUAAUCUAGCUAUGUAUCACAAGUAAGAUUCCUUAUAUGCUUAAGAACUUUCUGCAUAAAUAAAUAUUAACAAUUAAUUACAAGA